ACUUUUAAUCGCCCCACUAAUACUGUUAAAUUUUAGUUAAGUGCGAUGUCUGAAUGCCCAGAAAAAGGAGCUCAAGAUUCAAGCCAAUCCUUCUACUUGUAGUGAGUAGUGACUGCAACAGAGAGAGAGAGAGAGAGAGAGAGAGAGAGAGAGAGGUGUAUCUAUUCUCUUUCUAUUUGAAGAGGGUGUGUGUUAGUGGUAGUCAUCACACUCCAUAAUAAUCUCCAUCAUCAAGCUGGUAUAAUGAUCCAUCCAUAGAAAUCCAAGGCAACAAGAGAAGCUUCCAAUUCCAAGUUCAUUCAUCAAACCAACCACAUCUUAACACAUCAAGGGUUGCUUGCUUCACAUGCCCUCAAAUUCAAUCCCUUGAAAGUAUUAUAAGGAGAGAAUGCAAGACCCAACAAUAUUUCAACCCAUCAAACCCCAAUUUCCUGAACAAGAACAACUUAAAUGCCCACGUUGCGACUCAACAAACACCAAAUUCUGCUACUACAACAACUACAAUCUCUCACAGCCACGCCAUUUUUGUAAGAAUUGCAGAAGGUAUUGGACCAAAGGAGGUGCUCUUAGGAACAUCCCAGUUGGUGGUGGAAGCAGGAAGAACACAAAAAAAUCAUCCACCAACAACAACUCCUCCAAACGCCCUACAUCAUCAUCUGCACCAUCAUCAUCAUCAGUAUCCCCUUCACCAUCCGUUUCCACUCCAGCACAGGCUGCUUCAUCCGCUCCUGAAUCCGACUCGGCCCAGGCCUACGCCGCCCAGCCUACUGUGGCUGAUCAAGGCCCAGGCUUAAGCUUCAGUUCCCUAUUGGCAACUAGCCAUCUGGGGAGCCUAUUGGAGGGUCUGAAUUCAAAUGGAUCAAGUCUUAAAAUGGUGCAAAUGAAUGAAUUCGGAGUGAAUGUGAAUUCGACCGGUUCUGUUGAGCCGCCAGUGAGCUCGAAUUCUAGUAGAAAUCCAGGGUUGGAUGUUCAGAGCAAUGGCAAUAAUGCAGAGAGCUUUCUGAGUAUGCAUAAUGGUGAUUCAAGCUGUUGGAAUAAUGGUAGCAAUGGAUGGUCUAAUCUUGCAAUAUUUACACCAGGAUCAAGCUUUCAGUAGAAGCAGCAGAUUCAGCAAAACUGAUGAAAUUGAUGAACCUUCUUAGUUAACUUACUAUGUUUUUUCUUUUUUUUCCCUUCGGUUAUAUAGUUAUUACCUCAAGACUAUGUAUGUUUAUUAGUCUUGAUGUUACGGGAGAUCAAAAAGCACAGGGGCUACUAAAAAUAACAUCAUCCUUCAGGUAAAUUCUUUUCUGAUUUUGUGGUGAUAGUUCUUCAGUUUUAUCAGUGGUGUUAGAAAAAGAGAAAAGGAAAGUGGAUUUUUUUUUUUUAUCAGUUAUUAUAGUGACUUUACUCAGUACCCACCAUUGUUGGGGGAUUCUAAUUUGAUCUAUAUAUAUAUAAAUAUGUAUUUUACAGUUAAUUUAGUUUGUUUUCUGCAUCUUGCAGAUGGAAAGUUGCUUGUAGUGAUCUUAGGAAGAAUGUUUUUUAAGGAUAUUUAUAGGUUACGCAUAGAUAGAUAGACAGAUAGACACAUUUCUUUAAGAUUAUUGUUAUAUUUUGUUCUACUUUAAUCAUAUAUGUAAUUACUAAAAUAUUAAGGUUAGAGUAGUUUAAAGUA